AUGAUUGAGGUAGAGGGCGAUGCCGCGUUCGAGGCGUUCCCGGGCGAGAGUUUCCGUUUUGGCGUAGAACACGUGGACGGCGUCGGAGAGAUCUGGCUAGAGAAUCAGUCGUCCAAGAAGCGCUGGAAAUGCGAGGUGACGGACGUGGAAGAGUUUGCUCCAGCAGACGUAGUUUUACCGCAGAAGACGGUUCUUCACUACGUGGCGGCAAGUUUGAGGGUGUCCGCUGCAGCUAAUGCUGCGAAUUUUGGACCAAAACUUGUGCGGGAAGACAAUGACGAGACGCUGCGUCUGGAAGUGCUGAUUAAGCUGGGAGUAGCCGACUUUGCAUGGGCACCCAAGUAUAUUUUCCCAAUGUCUUUAGUGGCUCGAAGUCCGCCGUCAAUCGAAGCGCAGGCAGAGCAGAUCACAGUCUUAACUACACAGGUCCAGGAACUUCAGCAAGAAGUGAAUACACUGAAGCAGCAGAUGCAAACUAUGCUGAAGGCUCAAGCGACUGCCGCCUCUGCACCAACAAGAUCGAAUGUGGCACACUCGACACCUCCAAGUCUCCCACCUGCACCAGUGGAGCCUGGUAAUGUCGUCGUUAUGGAAAGUGAGGCGACGGUGUCGACACCGUCUCGAACAGACAAAGUCUGGAGUGAUAUCAUUGGCCAGUCACACCACAAACUUGUGCAAACGGACGAGUAUCGAGAGACGCGGAACCCUCUAGGCAUGACAAUGCGCAGCCACCGCCAGCACACGUGCAAAGUGUGUUCUGUACUGCGCAGUAGUCAGCUCGACCCCAUGACCCCGAAGAGUACCGAAACGCAACGUGUAGUCAAAUCUGGCACUUGA